AUGAGUUGCAUUAGAAGUUUGUUGACAGUAUCGGAAACUAGAAGCUUUCAAUGUACACACUGUUUUAAGACAUUUCCAUCUGAAGCUAAAUUGCGAAAACAUAUGUACCGUCAUAAGGAAAAAACUUUAAAGUGCCCCCAGUGCAAUAGACGUUUUAUAUACGACUACGAAGUGAAAAGUCAUGUUAGCAACGUGCACACACAAUCAAGAGAAACAUUCCAGUGUGAAAUAUGUGAUUUCACUAGCAAAUCUGAAAUAUCGUUAAAAACUCACAUGGUUAGGUUGCAUACAAAGGACUUUCUAUACAAAUGCCAAACUUGUGACAAAGGUUACACGCGUAAGUCUGAACUCGAAUCCCACGAAAAAAUCCAGCAUCAAGGCGUGCGUCACGUUUGCCAACAUUGUGGAAAAGGUUUUUUGACUGAACGAGCUUUUACAAAACACUGCAAAAGUCACGAUCCCGACCACAUCGAGAAAGUUUUUACUUGCCAUCUUUGUUCCGUUGUGUUUCGCUCAUAUACUAGUCACAAUCGACAUAUGAAGAGACACAACGGACAGUUGCCAGGUUAUGUUUGUGAUAUCUGUGGAAAAAGGAUAACCACGUUACAAAGUUUGAAGUUUCACAAGAAAACGCACACAGGGGAGAAGAAUUAUUUGUGUGGUACUUGCGGCAAAGUUUUUAUCAGGAAACAGGCGCUGGUUACUCAUACGAGAGUUCAUACGAAAGAACGGCCAUUUCAGUGUUUGGUUUGUAGUAAAAGAUUCACACAGAAAAGUUCGCUUAAUAUACACAUGAGGUAUCACACUGGUGAAAGACCGUAUGGGUUGACAGUAUCGGAAAAUAGAAGUUUUGAAUGUGUUCGAUGUACUAAGACAUUUCCAUCGAAAGUUCAAAUGCAAAAACAUAUGCGUCGUCAUAAGGAAAAAAAAUUAAAGUGCCCCCAGUGCAACAGUCAUUUUAUAUACCAGUCCGAAAUGAAAAGUCAUGUUAGGAACAAGCACACACAGUCAGGUGAUACAUUUAAGUGUGAGAUUUGCGAUUAUACGUCCAACAAUAAAUCUUCAAUGAAAAGUCAUACAAUCAGAAAACACACAAAGGACUUUGCUCACAAAUGCGAAACUUGUGGGAAAAAAUACCCGAAAAAAAGUGAACUUGAAAUUCAUGAGAAAAGCAAUCACCAAGGCCUAUGCCAUGUUUGUAAAAUUUGCGGAAAGGUUUUUAAGAGUGAGGGUGCUUUCAGACAGCAUUGCAAAUCCCAUGAUCCUGAUUACGUCAGGCAGGUUUUUACUUGCGAAAUUUGCUCCACUGUUUUACGUAGAGUAAGCACAUAUAAAGACCACAUGCAGAGACAUAGAGGAGAAGCCAUUAACUAUGUUUGCGAUAUAUGUGGGAAAGUUAUAACUACUUCACAUGGUUUGGAGAAACACAGGAAGACACAUACAGGGGAGAAAAAAUUUCUGUGUGUAACAUGUGGGAAAGAUUUUGCUACAAGUCAGUCUUUGAUUGUGCACACCAGGGUCCACACGAAGGAGCGACCGUUUCAGUGCCUGAUUUGUACUAAACGAUUCACUCAGAAAUCUUCGCUUAAUAUCCACAUGCGAUAUCAUACUGGGGAGAGACCAUUCGAAUGUACUUUGUGUUCCAAGAAAAUCAUCACUGGUUCCUUGGUUAGUAGUCAUAGGGCCUGCAUUAGAAGUUUGUUGACAGUAUCGGAAAUUAGAAGCUUUCAGUGUACGCACUGUUAUAAGACAUUUUCAUCUGAAGCUAAAAUGCGAAAACAUAUGUACCGUCAUAAGGAAAAAACUUUAAAGUGCCCCCAGUGCAAUAGAUUUUUUAUAUACGACUACGAAGUGAAAAGUCAUGUUAACAACAUCCACACACAGUCAAGAGAAACAUUAAAGUGUGAGAUGUGUGAUUUCACCAGCAAAUUUGAAAUAUCGUUAAAAACUCACAUGGUUAGGGUGCAUACAAAGGACUUUCGAUACAAAUGCCAAACUUGUGACAAAGGUUACACGCGCAAGUCCGAACUCGAAUCCCACGAAAAAAUCCAGCAUCAAGGGGUACGUCACGUUUGCCAACAUUGUGGAAAAGCUUUUUCGAAUGAAAGAGCUUUUAUAAACCACUGCAAAAGUCACGAUCCCGACCACAUCGAGAAAGUUUUUACUUGCCAAGAGUGUUCUCUUGUGUUUCGCUCGUAUACUAGUCACGCUCGACAUAUGAAGAGACACAACGGACAAUUGCCAGGUUAUGUUUGUGAUAUCUGUGGAAAAAGGAUAACCACGUUACAAAGUCUGAAGUUUCACAAGAAAACCCACACAGGGGAGAAGAAUUAUUUGUGUGGUACUUGUGGCAAGGAUUUUGUCAAAAAACAGACGCUGAUUGUUCAUACGAGAGUCCACACGAAGGAAAGACCAUUUCAGUGUUUGAUGUGUAAUAAACGAUUUACGCAACAGAGUUCGCUUACUAUACACAUGAGAUACCACACUGGGGAAAGACCAUACGGAUGCGAGGCCAGUUUGGCACCCACAGAACCCGGGCACCAAAUUUGGGUUACCGGUCUGGAAUAUGCAGGCCCCUUCAGUUGCCCAAUCUGCUCUAAAUCGUUCGAAUAUCGAUACCGCUUAAGCAGACACAUAACUCGUCACAACGAAAGAAAAGUAAAAUGUCUUCACUGCGACAGAUAUUUCCUAAAUAACUACGAAAUGGGUCUUCACGUUGAGAAUGUGCACACUAGCACACGAGACAGGUACAAGUGCACACUUUGUGAUUAUGCCGCGAAAUUUGUUGGCUCAAUCAAAAGACAUAUAGUGAUAGCGCACACGAGAAACUUUGCUUACAAGUGCGAAACAUGUGGGAAAGGAUACUCCAUGAAGCAGGAACUAGAGAUUCAUAAAAAAACCAGUCACCAGCAUGUUCGCUAUGAGUGCAAGAACUGUGGAAAAGUGUUCAAGAGUGAAGCUUAUCUGAGAAUACAUAGCAGGAGUCAUGACCCCAAUCAUGUAGAGGAAGUGUUCACUUGUGAAGUUUGCUCCUCUGUGUUGCGUUCUCUUGGUGGGUACAAGAGACAUAUGAAGCGACACAAUGGAGAGUUGGCGAGCUACGUUUGUGAUAUAUGUGGGAAAAGUAUAACCACGCUAGAGGGUUUCAAGGAACAUAAGAAAAGACACUCAGGGGAAAGGAAUCAUCUGUGUGUGACGUGUGGGAAGAAUUUUAUUAACAGGCAGGCUUUGAUUAUACACACUCGGGUUCAUACGAAGGAACGGCCUUUUAAGUGUCUGAUUUGUAGUAAACGGUUCACGCAGAAAACUUCACUUAAUAUUCACAUGAAGUAUCACACUGGUGAAAGACCUUUUGAGUCAUUAUACUGUGUCACAGAAAUACGAAUGAACACAAUUACCGACUUGAAGUGUAGAUUUCGAGUGAUUUUUUCGAAGAUUUUGAAAAAAAAUUGUCUCAGCAUGUUUUUAACGGAACCUGUGACAAGUUUUGUGUGUACCACUACGGAAACUGCAGGCUCGUACUGUUGUCCCAUCUGCUCUAAGACGUUUUCGUAUUACGACGUCAUGCGCAGACACACAUAUCGCCAUAAAGAAAAAAAAGUAAAAUGUCUUCAUUGUGACAAAUAUUUCUUAAGUAACUACGAAAUGCGAAGUCACGUUGCCAACAUUCAUACAACAACGAAAAACAGAUACAAAUGUCAGUUCUGCGAUUACACUUCUAACUUCAGCAUGUCGAUGAAAAGACACACAAUCGUAGAACACACCAGAGAUUUCGCUUACAAAUGUGACACCUGCAGUAAAGGUUUCCUAAAGAAACACGAACUCGAAAAGCAUCAAAACUCCAUCCAUCGAUUUGUGCGCUACAUUUGCAAUCAGUGUGGAAAAGCUUUUAAGAGUGAAGCUUAUCUUAAAAUACACGGCAAGAUCCAUAAUCCGGAGCAUCUUCAAAAAGCUUUUAGCUGCGAAAUCUGUUCCACGGUGUUACGUACAGCUAAUGGGUUUAAAAAACACAUGAAGCGACACAAUGGACUGUCGAGUUAUGUUUGUGAUGUAUGUGGGAAGAAUUUCUGUACGCCGGAGGGUUUUAAGAAUCAUAUGAGGAGACACGCGGGGGAAAGGAAUUAUUUGUGUGUGACGUGUGGCAAGAAUUUUAUUACUAAACAGUCGCUGGUUAUUCAUACGAGGGUACACACGAAGGAGCGACCGUUUAAGUGUCCGACUUGUAAUAAAAGGUUCACGCAGAAACCUUCUCUUAAUGUUCACAUGAGGUACCACACUGGCGAAAGACCAUUCCAGUGCGACUUGUGUUCGAAAAAGUCGCAAAAGCCCCAACUCAAUUACACUUGUAACAUAUGUUCGGAGGAGUUUCCCAACAAAAAUGAGUUCCUCAAGCACCAUUUGCAUCAGUACGGUCAGACCUUCAACUGUUGUAAAUGCGGCAGCAAAUUCAAGACCACGACCGAGCUUUACGCUCAUCAGGAAGAGCACAAAGCUGAGACCACCCUCCUCGUGACCGACCAUGGCGAAAUCGUCGAAGAAAUCGUCUUAAAUUACGAAAACGAAGAAGAAAUCACAGACAACAGUGAACUGUUGUAUAUCUUAGAUGACUCGCAGUGCGUUAAUGAGGUCAUUAUAGAUGAAGACGUUCCUGUUCAGCAGGAAGUAGAGAAAAGGUCUGACAACUUGACGCUUGUGCAGUUGGAGCACGGCUACGUUAUUCCCAACGCCGAGGAAGAAGGAGAAGACGAAACCGAAGAAGGGUUGACUAUUAAUGGUCAGGAAACGACGACUCUUCCGGUUAGAGUACAGCCUUCGACGAGUAAAACUGUGUUUCAGCCUAGAGUUAGAGCCUCUUUGCCAAAACGGCGCCAAGGUGUGCCAGACUUUUCCACUACGAACUACUUAUUUGUAAGUGCGAAUGAGGAAGUAGAUAUUCCUCACUACAAGUGCUUACGCUGCGAACAGUUGUUUAUAAAUAAAUUUGUUUUCUUUCGACACAUUGAAAAAGGAAAAUGCUACAUCAAUAAUUGUGAUGUUUGUAGCGCCACGUUUAACAAAAACAGUGAUUUCUAUUAUCACUAUGUGGUCGAACAUACGGAUAGAGCGAUUUGUAACUUCUGCUUCAGGACCUUUAUGUAUGAGAAAAACGUUAAGGAGCAUAUGUUGAGGCACUUGGACCAGUUUAGACACCGAUGCGAUGAAUGUAAUAAAGGAUUUUAUACUGUAAGGGAAUACAGGAAUCACUAUAAAAAUAGACACAUGGGUAUCAGACACACUUGUUCCGUGUGUAGUAGAAGCUUUGCUGAUGAAUAUUAUUUCAAACGACAUAUUGCUACACAUGGACACGCUAAUGUGGUCACUGAAGAGAAAAUAUUUCAUUAA